CCCCACCUUGCGCCUGCGCACAUCUCUUCAAGCCAGAAGGUCGCGCUUGGAGGAAGUGUCGGCUUCAGGUCCCGUGGCCGUAGCGCCGUUACUACUUCUGUGAAGCUCCUCUCGGCCGCUUGCCGAGACACCCCGCAGCCAAGAUGCCUCGAAUUAUGAUCAAGGGGGGCGUGUGGAGGAAUACCGAGGAUGAAAUUCUGAAAGCAGCAGUAAUGAAAUAUGGAAAAAACCAGUGGUCUAGGAUUGCCUCACUGCUGCAUAGAAAAUCAGCAAAGCAGUGCAAAGCCAGAUGGUAUGAGUGGCUAGAUCCAAGCAUUAAGAAAACAGAAUGGUCCCGAGAAGAAGAGGAAAAACUAUUGCACUUGGCCAAGUUGAUGCCAACUCAGUGGAGGACCAUUGCGCCAAUCAUUGGAAGAACAGCUGCCCAGUGCUUGGAACACUAUGAAUUUCUUUUGGAUAAAGCUGCACAAAGAGACAAUGAAGAGGAAACGACAGAUGAUCCACGAAAACUUAAACCUGGGGAAAUAGAUCCAAAUCCAGAAACAAAACCAGCACGGCCUGAUCCGAUUGAUAUGGAUGAGGAUGAACUUGAGAUGCUUUCUGAAGCUAGAGCCCGCUUGGCAAAUACUCAGGGAAAGAAAGCCAAGAGGAAAGCAAGAGAGAAACAGUUGGAAGAAGCAAGGCGUCUUGCAGCCCUCCAGAAGAGAAGAGAACUUAGAGCAGCUGGCAUAGAAAUUCAGAAGAAGAGAAAAAAGAAGAGAGGAGUUGAUUAUAAUGCUGAAAUCCCAUUUGAAAAAAAGCCUGCUCUUGGUUUCUAUGAUACUUCUGAGGAAAACUACCAGGCUCUUGAUGCAGAUUUCAGAAAAUUAAGACAACAAGAUCUUGAUGGGGAACUAAGAUCGGAAAAAGAAGGAAGAGACAGAAAAAAAGACAAGCAGCAUUUAAAAAGGAAAAAAGAAUCUGAUUUACCAUCAGCUAUUCUUCAGACUAGUGGUGUUUCUGAAUUUACUAAAAAAAGAAGCAAACUAGUACUCCCUGCCCCUCAGAUUUCAGAUGCAGAACUCCAGGAGGUUGUAAAAGUAGGCCAAGCAAGUGAAAUUGCACGUCAGACCGCUGAGGAAUCUGGCAUAACAAACUCUGCCUCCAGUACGCUUUUGUCUGAGUACAAUGUCACCAACAACAGCAUCGCUCUUAGAACACCUCGUACACCGGCUUCCCAGGACAGAAUUCUGCAGGAAGCUCAGAACCUCAUGGCCCUGACCAAUGUGGACACCCCAUUGAAAGGUGGACUUAAUACCCCUUUGCAUGAGAGUGACUUCUCAGGUGUGACUCCACAGCGGCAGGUUGUACAGACUCCAAACACAGUUCUUUCUACCCCAUUCAGGACUCCUUCUCAUGGAUCUGAAGGGUUGACUCCCCGCAGUGGGACAACUCCCAAACCAGUUAUUAACUCCACCCCGGGUAGAACUCCUCUUCGAGACAAGUUAAACAUUAAUCCCGAGGAUGGAAUGGCAGACUACAGUGAUCCCUCUUAUGUGAAGCAGAUGGAAAGAGAAUCUCGUGAGCAUCUCCGUUUAGGAUUGUUGGGCCUCCCUGCCCCUAAGAAUGACUUUGAGAUUGUUCUGCCAGAAAAUGCUGAGAAGGAGCUGGAAGACCGUGAAAUAGAUGAUACUUACAUUGAAGAUGCUGCUGAUGUGGAUGCACGAAAGCAGGCUAUACGAGAGGCAGAGCGUGUAAAGGAAAUGAAGCGAAUGCACAAAGCUGUCCAGAAAGAUCUGCCAAGACCAUCAGAAGUAAAUGAAACUAUUCUAAGACCCUUAAAUGUAGAACCACCUCUAACAGAUUUACAAAAAAGUGAAGAACUAAUCAAAAAAGAAAUGAUCACAAUGCUUCAUUAUGACCUUCUACAUCACCCUUAUGAACCAUCUGGAAAUAAAAAAGGAAAAACUGUAGGAUUUGGUACUAAUAAUUCAGAGCACAUUGCCUAUCUGGAACAUAACCCUUAUGAAAAAUUCUCCAAAGAAGAGCUGAAAAAGGCCCAGGAUGUUUUGGUACAGGAGAUGGAAGUGGUGAAACAAGGUAUGAGCCACGGAGAACUCUCAAGUGAAGCUUAUAACCAGGUGUGGGAAGAAUGCUACAGUCAAGUUUUGUAUCUUCCUGGGCAGAGCCGCUACACACGGGCCAACUUAGCUAGCAAAAAGGACAGAAUCGAGUCACUUGAAAAGAGGCUUGAGAUAAACAGGGGUCACAUGACAACGGAAGCCAAGAGAGCUGCAAAGAUGGAAAAGAAGAUGAAAAUUUUGCUUGGGGGUUACCAGUCUCGUGCUAUGGGGCUUAUGAAACAGUUGAAUGACUUAUGGGACCAAAUCGAGCAGGCUUACUUGGAGUUACGCACUUUUGAAGAACUCAAGAAACACGAAGAUUCUGCUAUUCCCCGGAGGCUAGAGUGUCUAAAAGAAGAUGUUCAGCGACAACAGGAAAGAGAAAAAGAACUUCAGCAUAGAUAUGCUGAUCUGCUGCUGGAGAAAGAGACUUUAAAGUCCAAAUUCUGAAGCAUAGUUUAUACUCUGUCACAGGAUGAAUUAAUUGCUGGUUUUCAUACUCUGGAAGGCUGAAACUGAUGAUUAUCUUCAUUGACAAAUUUGCCCACGAUCUGUGGUUUUUCAGUUGUUUACUUUAAAUGAUAUUGAUCUUACAUAGUCUAUGUAUAAAGACUUUAACUCCACAAAAUGUUUUAGGGUUUAAAUUAUUAAGAUGAUCAUUCUUUUAGCAGUGUCAUAUUUGCAAAAAUUUUUUUAGUUUUGGCCUUUAAUUUUAAAAGCCUGGUUUUAAAGUGCUGCCUGUGAGUAAACUCUUGAAUAAAAACAAAAUAAAAAAAUUGUGAGUGUA